ACCUGCUGUACAUACCAUAGUCUCCACGGAACACCAAGUGUGAACAAGUGAGGCGUUGGAUAUCUAGCAGGAGUUACUUAAGAGACGCACAUCGACAAUCUAACGCCACGGAAACAAGGAUGACCAGUGUAUAUUUUUGCAUAUUGCUGUGGGUGUUCGUAUCUUCUCUCACAUGUGUUCGAUCGAUAGUCGUGACCUCUCGUCUGGUAGACCCACCCCAGGACUAUGAUUGUGAGAUUGUAGAGUGGAUGAGUUUUCCGCCUACUUGCACCGAAGACUGUACUAUUUGCGAACAGUUCCAUAAUCCGCCGGAUAAUGUCGCUACUUGUGUGAAUUAUGAAGUAUACAUAUACCCCGGUGAAGGCUGUGAUCCCGAUGACUUGCCAAGCGUACAAUGUGGACUCAAUUGCGUUGAGGUUGACCAUUGCGCUGAUGAGCCGUGUGGACCGGGGUUUACAUGCAUCAACCUGUCGAAUGACUUCGAUUGCGAAGCAAUACCAGCAGAAGUCACUACGACACUGCCCGAUGUAGACGGCAUCAGACGAUGCGUGACGUAUACCAUACAUUCAGAUACUGCAACGUGGGAUGAGUCUACCACCACUUGCGAGAAUGAUGGUGGGUACCUUGCCAAGAUCAUCGACAGUCGAACGCAACAACUGUUAAAUACCAAUCUCGAUCCACUCAACGCUUAUUGGCUCGGAGGAAAUGAUAAAAUCACGGAGGGAACAUGGGUGUAUGGCGAUUCCAAAAGUGAUAAAGUUUGUUACAACAACUGGGAGACAGGUGUAACGCCACAGAAUGAUAAUGAAGACUGCGCACUUUUAAAAUGGAAUAAUGGUGGCUUCGUAUGGGAAGAUGAAGUGUGUUCUAUGACAGCCAACUAUAUCUGUUCUACAUCCCAGGUUUACUCGGGAUGA